AUGUCUCAAGAUUUGUCAGAUGGAAGGCAAAGUCAGGGAUCGAUAGAUGACGGCACGGUUUCCUUCACAUUCCAAAGUGAUGGUCAAGCAGACCAAACAGGCUUGAGAUGGAUUGCGAAAGAUCAGACUCACCCGGCUCGCUCUCAAUCACCCCAUCGUCACAUCAUAGUUUCUACUGGCUCUGGCACUGGAUUCGCUUCACAGUUCUACGACCAAAUCGUCAAGCCCCUUCUCGGUCUCUUCAAGCUCACCCAGAAUCAGGACUACACCCUUCACACCACAACAUCGGUGGCCUCCGUCACGACACUCGUUGAAGAUAUCUUCCUCCCAACCGCAAACCGUGGCCAGGCUCAGUCGAUAGUUCUGCUCAGCGGUGAUGGCGGCGUUUUGGAUAUCGUGAACGCGUUGGUCACUGGCACUCGGAAAUCUGAUUAUGUUCGACCGACAAUCACCCUUCUGUCAUUGGGCACAGGAAAUGCAACAGCGCACAGCGCUGGCCUGACGGCAAACACCGAGACCUUCGGUUUGAGAACUUGGCUACGUAGCACUGCUGCCUACCCUUUGCCAUUAUUUAGCGCAACCUUCUCUCCUGGCGCGAGGUACCUGGUCGACCAAGGCCGGAGCACAGCACCUCUUGCCAACGAUACUGAAGGCAGACCCAUCGCAUACGGUGCCGUAGUUCUCUCGUGGGCUCUCCAUGCAGGUCUCGUCGCAGAUAGUGACGCACCGGAAUUCCGCAAAUUCGGUCGUGAACGCUUCACCAAAGCGGCCAUGGAUGCGAUGUACCCAGCCGAUGGGUCAGCGCCACAUGUGUACAAAGGCAAGAUCAGAAUCAUCCCACAUCCACAAGCUUCCGCACAGUCUACAUCUUCAUCUUCGUCCCAUACGUCGGUCCAAGGAGCGUGGCAAUCUCUCCCAUCAUCCGCCGGAGAUGCAGAAACCGCUGACCAGCACGCAUACGUCCUGGCGACGUUCAAUUCCCACCUGGAAGCAUCCUUCAACAUCAGUCCUGGCGCCGCACCACUUGAUGGAAUUCUCCGCGUCAUACAAUUUGGACCUAUGAGUGGCGAUGAAGUCAUGGGCCUGAUGACGAAGGCUUUCCAGGGAGGACAACAUGUGGAGGAUGCGCGCGUAAACUAUCUUCCUGUCGCUGGUCUGAGGAUAGAAAUGGCCGAAGACGACGCGACGGAUGCGGAUGAGGAUGGGAAGGGAGGGAAGGGUAGGUGGAGGAGAAUUUGUAUUGAUGGCAAGAUUGUCGUGGUGGAGAAAGGCGGAUGGGUAGAGGUGAAGAGGUGGGAAGAUGAAGGCGCUGGAGGUAGUGUGAUUGAUCUUGUUGUUUAA